CUGCGUGUCAUCUUGAUCUCUUUUACCCAUCCUUGAGCGGACCUCGCUGCAUCGGUCUCUCCUCCUUUCGUUGGCACAAGCUCAACCAACAGCCAUGGCCGACGAAGAAGCUAGAUUCGACCGGUGCCCGGUGCUCCUGCCCCUCCUCCAUGCUCCCUCAUCAGCGCCUCAUGCUACGGCCCCACCACUGCAUCGCCUUCCCGGAGGCAACGUAGGUCCCUCUCGGAUCCUCUUACGGGAAGAAGCUGGUCAGACCUCUGCAGCGUCAACUUCGUCAACGUCAGGAGUCACCUGGGUGUCUACGAAUCACAUCUUCCCCGCAGCCUACCCUCGCUCUCACCCCGCCUGCACUACUCCUCCGUGCCCCUGCCCCUCUCCCUCUACCUCGCACCCAUUGCCUCUGCCUACACAGCCCGAAUUGGUGAAAGAGGAGGAGAGGCGGAGGCGGAAGGGAGAUUUGACUGAGUGGGAGCGCAGGAAGAAGACAUAUACUUACCGAGAGCUGGAGCCGCCAGAAUCGGAGGAGGAGGCGGAGCGCGUAGCCAAGGAAUUGACUGCCAAGGCUUUUCCACAGCUCUGGGGCACUAUUCAGCGCAUCGUGCCCGUCUGUGAUGCUGUAGAAGAGUAUGAACAGGACGGAGAAGAGGAGAACGUCGUGACGCUAUUCUUUGCUCACGCCAAUGGCUUCCACAAGGAGACGUGGGCGGAGACGAUCAAGACUAUCCUCGGAGCUCUACCAUCGCAAGAGGGUAAGCGCUUCAGGGUCGAAGAGAUCUGGACACUCGAUACAAUGGGCUCUGGCGAGAGUGGUCCGCUCAAUAGAGGCUCCCUGGGCGAAUUGGCCUCCUGGUUCGAUGGAGGACGGGACAUCAUCCAAUUCAUCGACCGCUACCUGCCGGCUAGCGUCAAUACCAACGGAAGACCACGAGGGUGUGCACGGCCUGCUGCGUUCGGACCAGAGUGGCUGCCGACGAUUCUCAAGCCAUCGGCAGAGACGUUCGGUCGGUCAUCGUCUGGAUUGUCCCCGCACAUGAAAAAGAGGAGGAUCAUCGCCGUGGGGCAUUCGUACAGUGGGGGUGCGCUAAGCUUCGUCAUGGGCGGCCGACCUGAGAUGUUCGAGGGAAUCAUUCUGGUGGAUCCGGUGCUAGUGCAUUCCGAGAUUCGUCAAGACUGGGUCAAGGAGGGGAGGGCUGCCCUAGAUCAACCUCUCGCUACUGGUGCAAUCGUGAGGAGAGACAUUUGGACAAGCGAACAAGCCGCCUUCAACUACCUCCUCAGCCGCCCGUUCUUCGCAGGUUGGGAUCGUCAAGUCCUCCGCUCCUACGCCCGCUUCGGCACUACUCCCCUGCCCGAUGCUCCCUCCCAGGGCAGCACGCUCAGCAUGAGCAAAUGGGACGAAGCGGCCUACUUUGCCACUACUCUGAUGCAAAGCCCCUUCGCUCUCGCUUCUCUGCGUUCAAAGAAGUUCAAGGGAAAGCUGCAUCACUUUACAAUGGACACGAAUGGUGUACAGGGAGAAAAGGAUACAAAGGCCAUCAAUGAUGCAAUUGCUGAGAUGGGCGGGGCGUUUGAGACGCUGGCCGGGGGCCACCUGGUGGUACAGGAGCAGCCCAAGAUGAUUGGUCUCAAGUUGGUCGAGGCGAUUCAGAAGAUGUGCGGCGGUGGCACCAGCAGCAGCGUAUACCAGCCACCGCGACCUAGAUUAUAAAGCGGCAAGAGAUCUUUUUGAAGCCUGCCAAAAUAUCUCGCCAUCUGAUGGG